AUGCCUAACGAUAAAAAAAAAAAAUUAAUCAGUAAAAGCCAUGAGGAAAUUGCUGCAGAAUUCCAGUGCGAUCGAAGCACAGUAUCAAAGAUCCUGAAGCAAAAACAAUGGUCUGAUAUAAGUGAAGUUUCAAAAAAUGCAAAUGCAUUUAAAACAACCAGUCCUAAAUUUCCUCAGAUUGAACAAGCCCUUGGAAUGUGGAUUGGUACUGCUGAGCAAAGGCAACUUAUUCUUAUAGGAGAAGCAAUACGGUUAGUAAAAGCUGCAUGGGAUGCUAUAAGCACAGAAACUUUAAAAAAUUGUUGGCAUCACACUGGAAUCUUACCUAGCCAACAUCUUGCCCAAGAAGUUAUUGACCUAACUGAAGACCCCCACCUUCGACGACUCACCCAAGACUAUCUUGAUGAUGAUGAGCCUAUUGAGACUGAAGAAGCUUUGGAUGAUGAACGAAUCAUAGAAUUGGUUAAAAACCCAAUUGUUAAUGAUAAUAGGUCUGAUGACCAAGUAGAUGAAGAACCCAAAAUUACCUUUGCAGAAGCCAAAAGCAGCCUCAACCAACUUCUUACCUUUAUCCACCAGCAAUCUUUCCAGACUGAUAGUUUUAUUAAAGAAAAUGAUGAGUUUUUUUUUUAUGAUUUUCUUACCCGAACACAUCAAGCUUCCACCAAAUUUAUGAAACAAAGCACUCUCGAACAUUUAAUAAUCCGUGAACAUACUGAUCACCCUUAA